GUUAGUAUCCUGAACCACCCAUGAAAACAUAACACAUUCAGCCAGAUGCCUAGAUCAAGCCUCAACAUAAACAGUGGAUGAAACUUUGAAAAAUCAAAAGCAUGGAGCAUAAAAAACACAAAGUGCAGCAUGGGGCAGAGAAGGCUGCUGAAUGGAAAGAUGAGAGUUGCAUUAAAGGAAAAUGCUUGGAUGACAAGAAUAGAUGGAAUGGUGCCGGGUUAUGUGAGCUGGAACUAAAUAUAAGGAUGGAGGUUGGAUUAAUUGGGAACAUGGAUGUAAAGAAGGAGAUACAAGAUGAAAAUAAACCAGCUCAAUUUAAAACCGUAGGACAUGAUACAAAGGGACAAAGUAGAAUAAUAGAUGGUUCAAAGAUGCAGUCUUGUACAAAGAUACCUUGUGAAGAAACUACUAAGAAAGAGAGCGUAGGUCAGCUGGAUGUCAAUGACUACCUAGUCCUUCUAAAAUCACUACGCAUCAGUUUACCCAAAGGUGUUCUGAACCCUAAAGUCAUCGAACUCUCACAUACUGCAGACAUGAUUCAGAAAGCCAAGGAUAUUGUGGAAGAUCUGGAAAACUUCAAACUCAAGUUUAACAGCAUUCCACGUCUCGGCUGCCGGGAAGUUAAGAGCUCACUGGCACUGAAAAAAAAUGGGAAAGUUCUUGAAACGGCAAUAAUGAUUUUCUUUGAAAAAAUAAAAGAUUCAGAGGAAACCCAGGAAACCCUAAAAGCAAAGUGGAGGGAGAAUGCAUCAAACAUGGCCUGCAGAUUUAGAUUCAAAGACAAAUACAAGACAGUUGCUAUCUCCGCACCUGCUAUGUACGCCACAAGAGAAACAAGGAGCUGGGAACAUUUGGAAGUAGGGGAAAAUCUUGCAAAUGUUUAUGAGGGUACUGCAGUAAAAGUGCACGAUAUUGAGAACAGACAGUAUUGUGAUGAGUCAACUCUUGAGAAAUACCCCCCUUGUCCUGAAAAAUUUGGCAUGUACUUCCAGAACCCAGCAGAUGAACUUGAAUGCCUUAAAUUUUUCCAUGAGUUGGGAGAAAUAGACAAAAACAAGAGAGUGAGCUAUUCCAAAAAUGUAAAAGUGGAUUUUGGAUUUCUUAGUGGAAGACUGGACUUCUUAGCGGAGGUAACAGACUCAAUAGCUAAUGGCAAAGCAAAAGGCACAGAAAGAGAAAAAUUUGUGAUUGAAUGUAAAGGAACAACUGGGGAUAUGGUAGGAAACCUCUUCACAAAACCAAAAAAUGGUGGCCGUCAUGCGCUGCUGAAUGAAACACAUGAGUACUACUAUCAGGUUCAGGCCUACAUGUACAUAUUAAAUAGGUCAGCAAAACAAACACAAACCUUCACCUCGGAUAGGGCUGUCAUGGUGAUCAGACACUAUCAUGGGAAUGGACAAGAACCCAGAGAUUUCUACUGGAAUUAUAUGGAGAAGAAUGCAGCAGUGCAGCAGCAGAUAGAUGAACUCUGUGCUUUCUGUAAAGAAGACGUUCUGGCCUGUUUUCUGGCUGUUCUCAAUCUGAUAUUCCAGCUGGAUGAGUAACAAGAGAAUAAACCUAUAGUGCGAUUUACUAGACAGGGAUUAGACUAGUCUCAGACUAAAAUAAAUGUAAGAGCUAUUUUAAAAUACAUCAGUUCCCCUUUGUGUUGCCUCAAAAUGUACACAAGUGACGGAUCCUACCUUAGAUCCUCACAUGCAGAAUGUUUUUAUUGUUGUGUUUUUUAGUUCAUUCCUAAUCAUUUAUUUACAUAAUCAUCAUAAUCAUUUUAUAAUCAUUAGUUAUCCAUAUAAUCGUUUAUUUUAUUAUAUUUUCAUUUAUUCAUUCAUUCAUCAUUAUAUUUCUAUAUUUUAUUAUAUUAUUCAUUCAUUCAUUCAUUAUAUUUCUGUUGUAUUUCUGAUUUUGUUCAGUCUUAUAGUGGUCUCACAUUUGUGAAAUUUUAUGAGCUGUCUGUGUGUAAACAGAGAUAGAUAAAGAGAAUGUUUAUGGAAGCUCAAGGUUUGUGGGAUGUUGCUAUUAAAGGUGCAGUGUGUAAAUUUUAGCGGCAUCUAGUGGUAAGUUUGCGAAUUGCAACCAACAGCUCAGUCCACUGCUCACUCCUCGCUUUUGAAACGCAUAGAGAAGCUACGGUAGCAGCCACCGGAAAAACAUGUCAUCGUCGGAGACAACUUAGUAAAAAAACGUUUGUCCGUUAAGGGCUUCAGAAACAUGGCGGCACAAAAUGGCAACUUCCACGUAAGGGGACCCUCAGUGUAUGUAAAUAAAAACGUCUCAUUCUUAGGUAAUAAAAACACAACGGUUCAUUAUAAAAAAAGUCUUUAUACACCCCUGAAAAUACAGUUUUGCAAAUUAUUUUGCAUUUCUGUCAACAGAUCCUUCUAAAUAUUACACACUGCACCUUUAAGCAUUUUGGUAUAACAGUGCAUGUUGAAUUCAUGCUUGGGGGGCAUGGGUUGAAUGAGGUUUGAACAUUGAGACAUAUGCAACUAAAG